AUGUCUGCAAGCAACAGAGUGUCAGAUCUGGAAUCCUCUGGAUACCACUACAGGACGCCCGUCAGUACGCUGCAGUCCUUCUUCGACCCGAAGUCGUUGCGCAACUUCAUCCAGACGUGCAGCAGCAUCCACAGCUUGGCCUCCGAUCUCAACACAGACCUCGACGACGGCCUCCCCACCGACAACAACGACGCACGCGAGAGGGUCGCCAGGUAUGGCAAGAACCUGAUUCCGCCGAAAUCUCAGAAGUCGCUGUUGGCGCUCUGCUGGGAGGCUCUCCACGACAAGGUUCUCAUUAUCUUGUCCAUCUCCGCAGUCGUGUCCCUAGCGUUGGGUCUUUACCAGACCUUCUGCCAGCCGCCGGAAUACGACGACGAAGGGAACCCGCUCCCGCAGAUUCAGUGGGUCGACGGUGUUGCCAUUCUCUUGGCCGUCCUUAUUGUCGUCGUUGUAGGCGCCUUCAACGACUAUAACAAGGAGAAACAGUUUAUGAAGUUGAACUCGAAAAAGGAAGACCGCAAGAUCAUCGUCUACCGCUCGGGCGAAAAGCACUACCUCUCCAUCCACGAACUCCUUGUAGGCGAUAUUCUAUAUGUUGAAACAGGCGACGUGAUACCCGCAGACUGCAUUCUCGUCUCCGGCGAAUGCGCCUGCGAUGAGUCUUCUGUCACCGGCGAAUCCAAAACAAUUGACAAAAAGACUAUCUUCCAGGCCAUGGAUUACUUCAAUGACGAAAUCAAGAGCUUGAACUCUGGUUCAAACACUGAUUUGAACUCCUCUUCCUCAUCCUUUCAAUUCGACGUCGGCGACGACGGCGUCUUGGACCCUUUUCUGAUCUCAGGCUCAAAGCUUUUGUCCGGCCAGGGCAAGGCUUUGGUCUUGUGCGUCGGCGAGAACUCUGUAAAUGGAAAGUUAAUGAGAGCUUUAACUAAUGAUGAUGAGGCAGACGAUGUUACUCCACUCCAGCAUCGGUUGGACCUGUUGGCGGACGGUAUCUCUAAGUAUGGCUUCUUAGCCUCCAUUGUUCUUUUCGUCGUGUUGUUUUCCAAGUUCGUGUUCCGACUAUCGACAGACAUGGACGACAUGACCACCGCAGAGAAACUCGCAGAUUUGAUCAACAUCGUUAUUACUGCCAUCACCGUCGUCGUUGUUGCCAUCCCCGAAGGCUUGCCUUUGGCCGUCACCCUGGCGUUGGCCUUCGCCACUACCAGAAUGACCAGCGACGGAAAUUUGGUACGUGUUUUAAAAAGUUGCGAAACCAUGGGCGGAGCAACCACCAUAUGUUCGGACAAAACAGGAACCCUCACCAUCAAUAAAAUGACAAUUGUGAAAGGAUUGGUUGGUUCAAAUAAACUAUUUGAUGAUCUUGCCAACCCAUCUUCAGAUACUAAUCAAAAUUUGAGCUCUUCCGUCAAUGUCUUGAAAAACUGCUCCGAAAAGCUCAUUGGUUUUCUGCUACAAAACAUUUUUUUGAACUCUUCGGCUUUUGAAAACAACCAAAACGAUGAUGAUGAUGAUGAUGAUGAUGAUGAUAAUGAUGAUAUUAAUAUGGAUCAAGGCAGCCAGAAUAAUACAUUCUGGAAUCCAAUGGCCACCGGAUUUCACGAGCGUAAGGAUGAUUUUGUCGGUUCUAAAACCGAAUGUGCGCUUUUGUCCCUAGUGAAAGAUAAAUUUUCCCAAUUUGAUCACUCAAUUCCUACUUUGCAUCAAUACAGAGAGUCAAAUGAACAUAAUGUUGUCAAGGUUAUUCCUUUUGAGUCUUCUCUCAAAUGGUCUGGUAUUGUUUACCAUGAUCCAACUGAUGAUUCCUACACUUUCUACAUAAAGGGUGCAGCUGAAAUCGUCCUUGCCAGCUGUCACUACCUUACAGAUCACAAUGGCAAAGCAAUAAAGUUAGAUAAGGAUGGAAUGCAGAAAUUGCAGAGUGUUCGUGAGGGAAUGGCUUCAGAGGCUUUACGUGCUGUUUCCUUGGCUCAUUACACUUUCGAUAAGUCUGAUCUCUUGAGCAUUGAUUGGGACGAUGUGACCCCACAGAAAUUGAUAUCAUAUCACCUCCAUUUAGAUUUAAUGGUUGGUAUUCAAGAUCCUUUGCGUCCAGGAGUCAAAAAUGCAAUUGAGCAAUGCCAUAAGGCAGGGGUUGAUGUAAGAAUGGUUACCGGUGACAACAUUCUAACAGCAAGAUCGAUAUCCCGAAAUUGUGGUAUUUUGAACGAAGAAACUUUCGAUGAUUCUUCUUAUUUCAUGGAAGGGCCCCAAUUCAGGAAGCUAUCCCAUGAAGAGCGCCUCAAAGUUGUCCCCAAAUUACAUAUUCUGGCAAGAUCAAGCCCGGAGGACAAACGGAUAUUGGUACAGACUUUAAAAGAAUUGGGCGAGGUUGUUGCGGUCACAGGUGAUGGCACCAACGACGCACCUGCGUUGAAAUUGGCAGAUGUUGGAUUUUCAAUGGGAUUAUCUGGUACUGAAGUUGCCAGAGAGGCAAGUGAUAUAGUUCUCAUGUCCGAUGAUUUCACGUCCAUCGUCAACGCAAUUAAGUGGGGUCGUACUGUUGCAGCUUCAAUCAGGAAAUUUGUCCAAUUCCAGUUGACAGUUAAUUUUACUGCUGUCAUUUUGACCUUUGUUACUGCGGUAGUUAGUGAGGAAAACUCUAGUGUUUUGACUGCCGUACAGUUAUUGUGGGUUAAUUUGAUCAUGGACACUCUAGCUGCGUUAGCAUUGGCUACAGAUAAGCCAGAUGAUGACGUUCUUGACUCAAGACCGGAAGGCAGAAAUGAUCAGAUGAUUUCGACCCAGAUGUGGAAAAUGAUUAUUGGAAUGGCAAUUUUUCAACUAAUAAUUACACUAGGUCUUGACUCCUACGGCAGUUAUCUGUUUUACGGGAAAGGUAACGAGGAUUUGAAGAUGAUAGAGGAAAUGAUGUUGAAAUCAAUGACCUUCAAUACAUUUGUUUGGUUACAGGUUUUUACAUUAUUCGUCUCUAGAAUAUUAAACGAACCACUUGAGAUAAACGAACAUUCUACUUUGAUGCAAAGACUGUCUCAUAAAAACGUAGGAUUUUUCAGACAUUUAAGCAGAAACUUUUGGUUUAUCGGUAUUGUUGCGUUGAUCUCGUUUUUGCAAGUAGCAAUUAUGUUUUAUGGUGGUGCAGCCUUUUCUGUUGUUCCACAAACUGUAUCAAUGUGGCUCACUGCGUUGAUUAGUGGUUAUCUCAUGAUCCCAUGUGGACUUUUACUUCGUGUUCUACCAAACGAAUGGCUACUCAAAGUACUUCCA